AUGCAAAUAAAAAAAAUUGCUCUUUUGCGAUGAUGCAUUUGGCUUGUCAAAAAAAUUUGGCAAUACCAAAAUUCAGUGGUAAUGACAAACGAUCCUAAUCUGCAAUUACCACUGAGUUUUUGGUGUUGCCAAAAUUUUUUUGACAAGCCAAAUGCAUCAUCGCAAAAGAACAAUUUUUUUUAUUGCAUUUGGCUUGCCCAAAAAAUUUGGAAACACCAAAACUCAGUGGUAAUGGCAGAUUAG